GAUUGUUAUGACAUUUAACAUUUUGACAGUUCGAGUUAAACCUAGAAAUAUUGUAAUAAAAUUUGAAUGUGUUUUUCUUAGAAAAAGAAUACAAUGCGUUUGUUGACCGAAAAAAUCAGAUCAAAACAUUUAAACAUUGUUAGGUUGAUUGGUAAUGUGGUAUCCGAAGUGAAAUCUUCAAGUAGCAACGUAAAAUUUAACUUCAGAACUUACGACAAGGAUAAUUUUCAUGCCACACAUAAAGUUGUGGUGCCUUCAUUUGUGAUGAAAAAUUGUCCGAUUUCUAUCGAAAAAGACCAAAAACUUUUCAUUAACGGCAAACUAACACUGAUCGACUUCAUUCGAGAUAACGGUAAGAAAGGGACCAUUUUUAAAGUUCUCGGGCUACACAUUAACCAAAUCGACAAUGGCGAAGUGGAAGAUGUAGAUGAUAUCGAUUGUCAAAAUAAUGUUGAUACAGAGCGGACAUUUGAAGUCAACGAUCAAAAUCGAGUCAUUCUCGAGUCGAUCAUUUGGACGAAAAUACAAAAUGAAGAUAAAUUUAGCUUUUUUUCCGUGGCUAAUGGACGUUCAAAAUUGAACGAUGAAGGAUGCAUUCAAAGCGUAUUUGAUUUCAUACCAAUUUUCGCAUAUGACGAAAAACUACGAAACACACUUAAGAAUCAAUUGAAUCGAUUGGAUCGAGUUCGUAUUGAAGGAUUUCUGAGAUAUAAACAAUGCUUUAAUCAAAUAGGGGAAGCAAAAUCAAAUGGUUACGUGGAGGCAACACGAAUUACGAAACUCAUACCAAUCUGCAAUACAAAAAAAUAAAAAUUAGACUUUUUUUUUAACUUGACAAAGAACUGAUUUCACAAAACAUCUUUUCGAAUUUUUUAAUCGGAUUCCAUUAAAUUACAACCCGAAAAUCGAUGUAAAUCUCAAUUCAUUCGUAAGAGACACUCAAUUGAGUUAUAAAAAAAAAGAAAACAUGUAUUUCUGGUGUGUUUUUUGCAAUAACAAAUGUACAGUUAUCUGUUUAAGGUAUCUCAAAAUGCUUCACAUUAAUAUGUCAUUGUUGAUCAACAGUCAAAGCGGAAAAUCAUCCUGAAUCCACAAAAGCAAAAAGAACAGAUUUUUUUUAGAUUAUUUACUAAUAUAUGUAAAAAUAUGGCCAGUAAAAAAAUUAAGAUUUUUGUCACGGAGUAUAUUACGUUCAUGUAACCAAGACGAUUGUAAUACUAAAAUAAAGUCGAUUACGGUAAUAA